AUGGGGAGUGGAGCCAGUGCUGAGGACAAAGAACUGGCCAAGAGGUCCAAGGAGCUAGAAAAGAAGCUGCAGGAGGACGCUGACAAGGAAGCCAAGACCGUCAAGCUGCUAUUGCUGGGUGCUGGGGAGUCAGGAAAGAGCACUAUCGUCAAACAGAUGAAGAUCAUUCAUCAAGAUGGCUAUUCGCCAGAAGAAUGCCUGGAGUACAAGGCCAUCAUCUAUGGCAAUGUGCUGCAGUCCAUCUUGGCUAUCAUUCGGGCCAUGUCCACACUGGGCAUUGACUAUGCUGAACCAAGCUGUGCGGAUGAUGGGCGACAGCUCAACAACCUGGCUGACUCCAUUGAGGAGGGCACCAUGCCUCCUGAGCUCGUGGAGGUCAUCAGGAAGUUGUGGAAGGAUGCUGGGGUGCAAGCCUGCUUCGACAGAGCUGCAGAGUACCAGCUCAAUGACUCGGCGUCUUACUACCUGAACCAAUUAGACCGGAUUACAGCCCCUGACUACCUCCCUAAUGAGCAAGAUGUGCUACGAUCCAGAGUCAAAACCACAGGCAUCAUUGAGACCAAGUUUUCCGUCAAAGACCUGAACUUCAGGAUGUUCGAUGUGGGAGGGCAGAGAUCAGAGAGAAAGAAGUGGAUCCACUGCUUUGAGGGAGUCACCUGCAUCAUUUUCUGUGCGGCCCUCAGUGCCUAUGAUAUGGUGCUGGUGGAAGAUGACGAAGUGAAUCGUAUGCAUGAGUCAUUGCACCUGUUCAACAGCAUAUGCAACCACAAGUUCUUUGCAGCUACUUCCAUCGUCCUCUUUCUUAACAAGAAGGACCUCUUUGAAGAAAAAAUCAAGAAAGUCCAUCUCAGCAUUUGUUUUCCAGAGUAUGAUGGGAACAACUCUUAUGAGGAUGCAGGGAAUUAUAUCAAGAGUCAGUUCCUUGACCUCAACAUGAGAAAAGAUGUCAAAGAAAUCUACAGCCACAUGACCUGUGCUACAGACACGCAGAAUGUCAAAUUUGUAUUUGACGCAGUUACAGAUAUUAUCAUCAAAGAAAACCUCAAGGACUGUGGACUCUUCUAAUCCUCAUCAUUCCUCAAGUUAGCAUUCUAUAA